AUGCGGCGUGAGAACGCUUUCAGAGCGCUAGCUCUCUGCAUAGCGCUCUGUAUUCUAACGAUAAUUAUUUGGGACCAGUACUGGAACGUCCUGCUGCGACAUGGCUACGGUACUACCUGGUUCCGGCGGCGUGCGGAACCGCAUGAGCGCGCGCCGCAUUCGCUCCAGGAAAACGACGAAUCCGUGGUUGAGCUUGAGGAAUACGCGAGUCUCGGAGAACUGCUUUCAGCUGCAACGUGUACUUCGAAUUCAGACUGCACCUAUGGCCUAGUGUGUGUGAACGCCACUUGCACAGGGUGCUCUAGCACAGAACAGUGCAGCAAUAUUCAGCUUGACUGCGAUGCCAACUCCAACAGAUGUGUGCAUAAGCCUCUCUCUAGAUUUACUUGGCGCGAUGGCCUUACUUUCGGUCUAAUAUUUGUUAUCGCAGGGUUAUCGAGCACAGGGGGCGUAGGAGGCGGCUUUUUAUUCGUGCCUGUACUCGUGCUACUCACUGGCUUUCAAGCAAGGCGCGCUGCUGCACUAUCCCAAGCACUCGUAACUGGCGGCUCGGGUGCUAAUGCCUUCUAUGGUUUAAUCACACGCCACCCGUUUCGAGAACGCCCGCGAAUCGACUAUUACGUUGUGACUGUGUUCAUGGCGACGAUCCUCUGUGGGACGAGUGUUGGCGUCAUCCUGAAUAUACUCUUCCCGAAUUUCUUCACGCUCUUCAUGCUCGCGGUCCUCGUUGCGUACGUGUUUUACAUUAGCAUCAAGAAAGCCAUUCAACUGUGGAAAGAUGAAAGAGCUGCAUCGCGGAAUGUUCGGGCCCAAGACCAAGGCGCCGAUGCGGCUGCAUCGAACGAUGUGAACGCAGAUGGCUCUUACGACGCAUCGUGCCGUGGAACUGAGGCAGAGCAUUGCACCGAUGAAAGUUUCUCUAUCCACAGUGACCAAAUUGUAGACAUGCAGGAUACCGGUCACGAGCGUACAUUUUCAGUCAAGUCCGAGUCAGUUCAUUCUACCGAGGGCAAUGAAGGCAUGCGCACCUGGGCUUUCGGGCGCCUCUGGACCAGACUCAUAGGUUUCUUUGAUCCGACACUUCAAUUCCACAGCGCAGACGAAAUUAUGAAGUAUGAAAGUCGUCAGUAUCCGCUCGGAUCGCUUGUAUAUGUGCUCGCUAUCUUUGCGUUUCUUGUCGUCUUGUCGGUAUUCCGAGGUGGAGGCUCGAGCCGAGUGUCUGUGAUAGGUGUGGAAAACUGCAGCGCAAUUUUUAUAUUGCUAUAUAUUGUUCAGGAAAUUGGACUUCUCUGUUUCUCGGUCGCCGCAGGUUUUCGUAAUUUGCGCAUGCAUCUGGUCAAGUUACGUGUCGGUUAUGAGUUUUACGAGCGCGACAUGGAAUGGACGCGCAACAGAAUUUUGUGGAUUGCUCCGCUCAUGAUCUUUCUUGGAGCCGUUGGUGCAUGGGUCGGCGCUGGUGGCUCUUUCAUGUCGACUCCGAUUUUAAUUGCUGGAGUCGGAAUGGAUCCGCUCGUGGUGCAAGCAACUGCGGGGUUCAUGAACUUCGUGGCGGCUUUUUCCAGCGCGAUUCAGUACUAUGUGAAUCAUGAGCUACCGCUGGACUAUGGCCUCGCGCUCGGGGGCACCGCUUUCCUUGGAUCACUGUCUUUCGUUGUCUUUUUCAAUAGGCUCGUGUACAAAUUCAAACUCCAAGCUAUUCUUGUGUUUAUCAUGGCAGGGGUCAUGUUCGGGGCCGCAGUUCUCAAUAUCUACGCGGGAGCGUUAGAGCUCAAAACAACACUCAACCAAGGAAAGCCGUUCCCCUUCGGGAACAUAUGUGGGUGA